UUUCUGUCAAGAUGAGCGUGGUAUGCACGCGAUGACGAUGAUGCAACAUGAUGAGGGGAUGGGAUAAAAGGGUAUAGGAAAAUCUGGACUCUUGAAAAAUAUCGUUCAUCAAACCUCUCUCUCGCGUGAUAAAACAUGACGGAGUCCAGUGACGCCGGAGCUUCCAUGGCUAGUAAGAUCGGAAACUUACGGCUGGCCAGUGACAUCGAUUUUAAUGACCACAUCGACCUCUCUGGGAAACCCUGCAGGGUUAUUGAUCUCUACACGAAGAGAGGCCUUUGUCACUUACACACCAUAAAUAUAUUAACUGGCUACUUCGUGCGGAGAAUUGUUCCCAUUUCCACAGAGUUUGUUAUUCCAGAUGUGAGCCGUGAUCUUUACCAGUUGACUGGUAUCUCCUACAAGGAUGAUUCUAUUACCCUUCUGCAUCAUAGCGGCGCCUACACUAGGGAUGAUAUCUUUCUUCCCGAGAACGAGAACCUCAGGACCAUGAUGGUUGAUGGAUUCAACGAUGAUAAGAGGGUUAUUGUGGGUAUCGUGACUUCAUUGGGGCAGGAUGCCGUCUAUGCCGUCGAUGUCUACCAGGCCGGUUCAGCAAAUGACAUUGAUUUUGUGGCCAAAAAUGUUGGCUUCUAAGAAGGAACUAGGCCCUAAUUGUCUUGCCAUGGGCACUGUGCCAGACAUUUACUGAACCCCAACCCUGAUAAUAAAUCUUUGGUUAUCUCAGUAUUGUAACAACAACACUAAAAAGAAAAAAAACCUUAUGUAGUUGCGCUUGUGUGUUGUUGUUUUAUUUCUCUUAUAAAAAGAUAUUUUAUUA